UGUAGAUAACCUUGCAGAGGCCACAUUAGUCCCGACAGUCCCUGUGAUGAUAGAAGGAGCUCUGGAGAAGGCUCCAUCAUAUGUCUGAUCUGUUUGUGGAUCUUAUUGACUUUCUCCAGUUGGCGCACCCUCAAACCGGGCAACGUCACCGUAGAAGCAGCAUUAUUUGGCACUAUGGCAUCUAGCCGGCUACGGGUGGCGGUGAUCGGAGCCGGGGCAGCUGGACUUGGCAGUGCACGUCACAUCCUUUUAAGAUCUAGGAACUUUGAACCUCCAGUGGUGUUCGAGAUGACAGGUCAAGUGGGGGGAACCUGGGUUUAUACAGAAGAACCAGCAUAUGCCGGGAAUACACAUUCCAGUAUGUACAGAGAUCUGAAGACAAAUCUUCCUAAAGAGAUUAUGGAAUUUCCAGACUUUCCAUUCGAUCCCUCCCUGCCAUCCUUCCUCCAUCAUUCUGAAGUGCUGAAAUACCUGGAGGAUUACACAGAUACAUUCUUUAUCCGGCCACACAUCAGGUUUAACACCCCUGUGGUGUCCGUCUAUCCUGUCCUUGAAGACCAAGAGCGGAUCUCCUGGAGGGUCAUAUCCAGCUCCCAAGGAGAAGAAGUGUUGGAAAAAUUUGAUGCCGUUAUGGUGUGUGUGGGACAUUACUCUUAUCCCUACAUCCCUGAUAUUCGUGGCAUAAAGGACUUUCAAGGAGAAAUAUUACACAGCCAUUUUUAUCGCUAUCCGGAGGUCUUCUCUUCACGUUCCAUAGUCCUUUUAGGCUCAGGACCUUCAGGUGUAGACAUAGCCAUGGAACUUUCUGCACAUGCCAAAUAUGUCAUUUUGAGCCACCGCGGGCCUCCCCUAAAGUGGACCCCACCAGAAAAUGUCUCCCUGGCACCUCCGGUGGUCAGUGCUACUCGUAAUGAACUCAUUUUUGAGAAUGGAACACAGGUUGAGGCAGAUACAUUGAUUUUCUGUACUGGUUACAAAUACAACUACCCAUUCUUUUUGCCUAGGAACCAAAGAAGGGCUGGUGAUGGCCUCACUGAUAGUGAAGAGGUGGAAUAUGAGGAUGUAUUGGACUGGGGAUUUUUGGAGGGUGAAGAUAUAGAAAGACCUGACCGAGGGGAAGGUCACCUCCUGCCACUCUAUAAACACUUAAUCCAUGCCCGAUACCCCACCUUGUGCUUCAUUGGGGCCUGUAAAAUUGUGGUCCCAUUCCCACUUUUUCACUGUCAGGCCCAGUUUUUCCUUUUAACACUGGAGGGCAAAUGCCCACUACCCCCUGUGGAACAAAUGCUUUCUGAAUCUCGCAAAGAGUAUAUAGAGCACCGAAACUCAGGGUUACCCCUCAAAUACCUUCACCUCCUAGGACUGAACCAGUGGAAUUAUAACCAGUGGUUGGCAGACACUGCGGGGAUUGAGCCACUGGCCCCUGUGCUAGAAAAGUUGUAUGAUCUAACUCGGGAAUUCAGAAGCUCAAACCCUUUAGUAUAUCGAAAACUCAACUUCAAGAUACUGAACAGAGAGGAGUUUGAAGUGCAGACAGAUGGGACAGAGGAGGCCUAUGAGAAGGGCCUUGGUAAGAAAGGCGACCAAGAACCCAAUGGUCACUCUGGCUAAGCUCCAAAGAUCCUGUGUGGAAACGGGUGAAACUCCAAGAAGGUCCAGAACCAUGACUGCAGCCUCCACAAUCUGGGCUGAGUGGCCAGAAAGAAACCUAUCCACAGUAAGAGACACAUGGAAGCCACCUGGAGUUUCCAAAAAUCACCUUAGGGACUCUCAGACUGUGAGAAAAAAAGAUUGAACUUUUUGGCCUUGAUUCUAAGCAUUCUGUCCGGAGGAAACCAGGCACUGCCCAUCACCUGCCCAAUACCAUCCCUACAAUGAAGCAUGGUGGGGGCAGCAUCAUGUCUAGAGAAAACCAGGCACUGCCCAUCACCUGCCCAAUACCAUCCCUACAGUGACCAUGGUGGGGGCAGCAUCAUGUCUGGAGGAAACCAGGCACUGCCCAUCACCUGCCCAAUACCAUCCCUACAGUGACCAUGGUGGGGGCAGCAUCAUGUCUGGAGGAAACCAGGUACU